AUGUUUCGGAACAAGCCGGAAAUUAAUUUCCUACCUCUUGAUAAUUAUAUCCCUUCUUUUUUCGUUCUUUCUUUCGUUUUUCUUUUUCACCUUUCAUCCUUUCUUUCUUUCUUCUUAACUAUCGUUCUUUUUGUCAUUCUUUCUUUCUUUUUUCUUCUUUUUUUUCUUCUUUUAUUCUUUCGUGCUUUCAUUUGUUCUUUCUUAACUUUGUUCUUUCUUUUGUUUUCUUUCUUUAUUUCUUUCCUUCGUUCUUUUUUAUUCUUUCUUAUUUUUUUUUCAUUAUUUCGUUCUUUAAUUUCUCCUUCAUUUUCGUCUUUAUUUCUUUUUCAAUCUUUUUUCUUUCGUCCUUCCUUUCGUUCUUUUUGUUCUGUCUUUCUUUCAUUUAUUUUUUCUUUCGACGUUUCUUUCAUUCUUUCGUUUUUUUCGUACUUUUCUUCAUUUUUUCUUUCUUUCUUUCGUUCUUCCUUUCGUACUUUCUUUCAUUUUUUUCUUUCUUUCUUUCGUUCUUUCGUACUUUCUUUCAUUUUUUCUUUCUUUCGUACUUUUCUUCAUUUUUUCUUUCUUUCAUUUUUUCUUUCUUUCUUUCGUACUUUCUUUCAUUUCUUUCUUUCUUUCGUUCUUUCGUACUUUCUUUCAUUUUUUCUUUCUUUCGUACUUUCUAUCAUUUUUUCUUUCUUUCUUUCGUUCUUUCGUACUUUCUUUCAUUUUUUUCUUUCGUUCUUUCGUACUUUCUUUCAUUUUUUUUUCUUUCUUUCUUUCGUUCUUUCGUACUUUCUUUCAUUUUUUUCUUUCGUUCUUUCGUACUUUCUUUCAUUUUUUCUUUCUUUCUUUCUUUCGUUCUUUCGUACUUUCUUUCAUUUUUUCUUUCGUUCUUUCGUACUUUCUUUCAUUUUUUUUCUUUCGUUCUUUUCUUUCUUUCUUUUUUUUUUUUUUCUUUUUUCUUUUUCGUUCUUUUCUUACUUUCUUUUCAUUUUUUCUUUCGUUCUUUCGUACUUUCUUUCAUUUUUUCUUUCGUUCUUUCGUACUUUCUUUCAUUUUUUCUUUCUUUCUUUCUUUCGUACUUUCUUUCAUUUUUUAUUUCGUUUUUUCGUACUUUCUUUCAUUUUUUCUUUCUUUCUUUCUUUCGUUCUUUCGUACUUUCUUUCAUUUUUUUCUUUCGUUCUUUCGUACUUUCUUUCAUUUUUUCUUUCUUUCUUUCUUUCGUUCUUUCGUACUUUCUUUCAUUUUUUCUUUCUUUCUUUCGUUCUUUCGUACUUUCUUUUCUUCUUUCAUUCUUUAAUUCUUUUUUCUUUCAUUCUUUCGGUUUUUCAUUCCUUCUUCAUUUUCGUCUUUGUUUCUUUUUCUGUCUUUCUUUCGUUCUUUCUUUUGUUUUUUUUUCUUUAUUCUUUCGUUCUUUCUUUCGUUUUUUUUUGUCCUUUCUUUCUUUCGUUUUCUUCUUUCUUUCUUUUUUUUCGCCGAUACUUUCCUUCUUUCUUUCGUUCUUUCGUUCUUUCCUUCCUUUCUUUCGUUCUUUUUCCUUUGUUCUUUCUUUCGUUCUUUCUUUCUUUUGUUUUUUAUUUCUUUUUUCUUUCGUUCUUUCUUUUCUUUUUUCAUUCUUUCUUUCUUUCUUUCUUUCAUUCUUUCGUUCUUUCAUUCGUUCUUUAUUUUCGUCUUUAUUUCUUUUUUUUCUAUCGUUCUUUCCUUCCUUGUUUAUUUCCUUUCUUCUUUCUUUUUAUUUCGUUCUUUCUUUCUUUCGUUCUUUCUUUCAUUCAUUUUUCUUACACUCCCAUAAAAUAUGACUUCUGUUCCUAUCUAUCUAUCUAUCUAUCUAUCUAUCUAUCUAUCUAUCUAUCUAUUUAUCUAUGUAAGUCUGUUCCUAUCUAUCUAUCUAUCUAUAUAUCUAUCUAUCUAUCUAUCUAUCUAUUUAUCUAUCUAAGUCUGCUCCUUUCUAUCUAUCUAUCUAUCUAUCUAUCUAUCUAUCUAUCUAUCUAUCUGUCUGUCUGUCUGUUCCUAUCUAUCCAAGUCUGUUCAUAUCUAUCUAUCUAUCUAUCUAUCUAUCUAUCUAUCUAUCUAUCUAUCUAUCUAUCUAAGUCUGUUCCAUUCUAUCUAUCUAUCUAUCUAUCUAUCUAUCUAUCUAAAUUAUUCGCUGAGGCAAAACUGAACAGUUGGCUUCCGGUCUUCUAA